AACUUCCCCGUUCCCAGCUCUGUUUCGAUAUCACGAAGCAAGAGACGCAGAAUGGCGACUUCUCGUGCUGAAGAUGAGUAUGCAGCCUUACACCACAAUCAACAAGCCGCGCUUUUGAACGAAGCAUGUCAGGCCACCCGCCGCGAACAUGAACUCACCCUACUUCCAUCUCUCAAGCUGUAUCCAAAGGCCGUUGCAUGGUCCAUGUUCUUCUCGUUGGCAAUUAUCAUGGAAGGGUAUGACCUAAAGCUCAUGGGGUCCCUCUUCGCUCAGCCCGCAUUCCGGCAGAGAUACGGACAGCAGCUUACAGAUACUACAUAUCAAAUUCCUGCAUCCUGGCAGGCAGGACUCUCCAACGGUGCUUCAGCCGGAUCGAUCUUGGGCCUGCUUCUGAAUGGUUACGCAUCUGAGAGGUUUGGAUUCCGCCGCACGAUGCAGGCCUCCCUGGCAUUCAUCACAGCCACUAUCUUCAUUCCGUUCUUUGCACCAAGUCUCCAGGUCCUACAGAUUGGCCAGGUGCUUAUGGGCAUCCCCUGGGGGGUCUUCCAGACGUUGACCACCUCAUAUGCUGCUGAAGUGACCCCGACCCAUCUCCGCGCCUAUCUCACCACCUACGUCAACCUGUGCUGGGUAUUUGGACAACUCCUCGCCUCGGGGGUUCUACGGGCUGUCCUUUCUCGAACUGACGAGUGGUCAUAUCGCAUCCCUUUUGCCCUCCAGUGGCUCUGGCCUGUUCCUCUCAUGAUCGGGAUGGUCUUCGCGCCUGAAUCACCCUGGUGGCUCGUGCGAAAGGGCCGAUUGGAAGAAGCCAAAUCAUCCCUUCUACGUCUCACAUCUCCCAGCCGAGCAGCAUUUGACGCCAACCAGGCCAUCGCACUAAUGGUAGUGACGACGGAGAAUGAGCGACAAUCCGGGACAGGAACGAGUUACCAGCACUGCUUCCAAGGGAUAGACCGCCGUCGCACAUCGAUCGCCUGCUGCUGCUGGGGUAUCCAGAUCCUAUCAGGAACAGGCCUCCGCGUCUACUCGACGUACUUCUACGAGCAAGCCGGGCUGCCCACGGAACAGGCCUUCAACAUGUCCAUAGUCCAAUAUGCACUUGGCAUCAUCGGCGUAUUCGUGGCCUGGGCUGCUCUCCCGCGGUUUGGCCGACGCACCCUCUACCUCUACGGCCUGGCCAUCUUGGGUGUGAUCCUGCUAUUCAUCGGCAGUCUGGGUGUCGCCAGGGCUGCUGUUCUUCCCAGUACCACGGGGGGCAACCACGUAUCCGUAUCUAUAUCCUGGGCAAUCGGCUCAAUGCUGCUAGCACACACAUUCAUCUACGACGUCACAAUCGGCCCGGUAUGCUAUGCCCUCGUGGCAGAGAUCCCUUCGGUGCAUCUCCGUUCGAAAUCAAUCGUGCUUGCCCGGAUGACUUAUAACAUCUUGAACAUCGUCAGUAACGGCAUUACGCCGUAUAUGCUGAAUCCGUCGGCGUGGAACUGGGGCGCUAGGGCGGGCUAUUUCUAUGGUGGGACGUGCGUCUUGUCUCUUAUAUAUACCUAUUUCUGUGUUCCUGAGCCUGGUGGGCGUACGUAUGCUGAGCUGGGUAUCUUGUUUCAGAAAAGGACGUCUGCGCGGCGUUUUGCUAGGACUUCUGUUGGGCUUCCGGCUGUGAGGGAGGUGGAUGUAGACAACCAUAAGGAUACGUGAACUGCCGGCAGAAAAGGCUGGAGCAAUAUAUUGAUAUAUCUAGGAGCAUUUCAAAGAUGAAACCGGCUUUAUGUCUACCUAAAGUGAGGAAUCAAGAAGAAGUUGCUGUAAAAUAGAACUGUGUGUACUCUAAUCACCGUAUAAGACCCAAAGCUGGCCAACUUUUGCGAAUAGUCUAGAUUCCAAACAGACUUAGAUACCACAAUAUCAAUCGUUGUGAAC